UUUGAAAAGUCAACUUGACCACCAUGAGCCCAAGAAGUUCUUCGGCAUCUUAUGGGAUCCGUAGCUUUGCCACCUUGCUCGUAUGCCGCUAUAGAGUUAGCUCGGAGAGCGGCCACCACCAUGUCGGUGGUAGCAAUAGGCUACCCAAGUUCAGGUAUGGCAUUGGCAGCUCAACGCACCAAGGGCUAAGCAUUUACAGUGGCAGUUCAAUGAAAAGGCCCGAGUCUAAAAUUAGAGAACAGGAACAUACCUUAAAGGUUCAACCAUCCGAUCCACCUCCUCCAAGGCCGAGCAUCUUUUCUUGGGUAAAAUGGGUUUUGGGCUCUAUGUUGCCCUUACUGUUCUCAUUUUGGAAGCAAAAAUGGGACAAUAUGCUAAAGCUAGAAGGUAAGGUGGAAGAGGUUGUUAAAGAGGCCGAGGAAGUGGCCGAGGUGGUAGAAAAGGUUGCAUCUACAACAGAAAAAUUAUCCGCAGAGGUCGCAGAGAAGCUACAAAAAGGUCAAAUGAAAGAAAUUGCUCUGGAGGUAGAACACGUAUCUAGUGUCGCUGCUAAGGAUGCCCAAAUGACCCAAGAUUUCAUCCACAAGGUUGGUGAUCUGAAGCAAGACUUGAAAAACUUGGAGACUAUGGUAGAGCCUGUCAUCGACAAGAUAGAACAUAGAAAAUAGAUGGUGAACAAAGGAUUACAGGACGUUUUUUACAACACUUGUUUAAAGUAUUCACAUGCAAAUUUAAUAUAUGUAAGUUCAGUUAGCACUUAUUA